UAGGUACCUACCUAAUUGUUGCUGUUUUCCAUGUUUAGUUAAUUGAUUGGUUGUUUUUCAUUUCUAUCAAAGUGAUAUUUUUAGAUAUAUUUUAAGUUGUUUUAAAUCAAAACGUAAUUCUUUAGCAAUGAAUGACAGAAGAUAAAUCCGAAUCUACAUUUUAGUUGUUCACAAAUGAAUUAAAAAAUAUGACGGCCAGUGUUUGGGUUUCGUUUGUGCUAAAGGUGUUUUAUUUGUUUGUGCUUACUGAAACUUCUCGUGUUACGGUUCAACAGGAAGAUACAUUGCCUGACCACGGUCGCUGCGAGCCCAUAACUAUUCAAUUUUGUCAACAUAUAAGAUAUAAUCAAACAAUUUUCCCAAACAUACUAAAUCAUGCCAAACAAGAAGAUGCUGGAACUGAAGUUCACCCAUUUACACCACUAAUAAAAGUAAAUUGUUCACCUGAUUUAAAGUUCUUUCUGUGCUCCGUUUAUGUACCCGUGUGCACCAUUUUAGACAAGGCUAUACCGCCUUGCCGUCAUUUAUGUGAAUCUGCCCGACACAAUUGUGACGAAUUAAUGAUACAUUUUGGAUUCCCUUGGCCUGAAUACUUGGAAUGUUCUAAAUUUCCUGUUGUUACUGAUCCAGAUGUGAUAUGUGUUGGUGACAAUAAUUUAACCCAUGAAUCUCACAAACCUACUAAAUCUAAACUUCCUAAAGUAGAUUAUAAAUCUAACAUUGAAAAAGAUCCAACUAAGCUGUAUGGAGCUAAAGAUUAUGGCUUUGUAUGUCCUGUUCAAUUUAAAGUGCCAAGAAACUUGGAAUUAGAAUAUUCCUUGAAAGUAGGAGAUAAGAUUGAACAUGAUUGUGGAGCACCAUGCAAUGGAAUGUUUUUCAGCCAGGAUGAGAAGAAUUUUUCAAGACUUUGGAUUGGCAUUUGGGCAACUCUUUGUGCACUCAGUUGUUUAUUCACUGUGCUGACCUUUCUUAUAGAUACUGAUAGAUUUCGUUAUCCAGAAAGACCUAUAAUCUUCUUAUCUGUUUGUUACCUGAUGGUAGCUGCAGCAUAUGUCAUGGGAUGGAGUGCUGGUGACAGUGUAAGCUGUCAAGGUCCAUUUCCAUCACCAGUCAGUGGAACAAGAUUACCUAACAUUUUAGUUAUAACCCAAGGCACAAAGCAUGAGCCGUGUACUAUACUCUUUAUGAUAGUAUACUUCUUUAGUAUGGCGUCAAGUAUAUGGUGGGUGAUACUUACACUUACUUGGUUUUUGGCUGCUGGCCUAAAAUGGGGACAUGAAGCAAUUGAAGCUAACUCACAGUAUUUCCACUUGGCUGCUUGGGCAGUGCCUGCUAUUAAAACUAUAUCAAUCCUAGCAAUGGGAAAAGUGGAUGGUGAUAUUUUGUCUGGCGUAUGUUAUGUGGGACUGUGGGAUGCUGAAGCUUUAAGAGGAUUUGUAUUGGCACCCCUGUGUGUGUACCUUGUGCUUGGUACAAUCUUUUUAAUGGCAGGCUUUGUUUCUCUUUUUCGUAUUAGAACUGUUAUGAAACAUGAUGGAACUAAAACUGACAAGUUAGAAAAGUUGAUGAUCCGUAUUGGGGUAUUUGGAGUUCUAUACACUGUACCUGCCCUGAUUGUGAUUGCAUGUUUGUUUUAUGAACAAGCUCACUUUGACAAUUGGAUGGUAACAUGGCACAAGGAUAUGUGUGCUACACCACUCUAUUCCAUACCAUGUCCCUUCACACAUCAAGAAAUGGAACGACCUAAAUUUGAAAUGUUCAUGAUCAAAUACCUUAUGACAAUGAUAGUAGGAAUUACAUCUAGUUUUUGGAUAUGGUCAGGCAAAACUUUAGUAUCAUGGCGACAAUUCUUUGAUAAAAUUAAAGGUAGAAGAGUUGAAGCAUAUGUGUGAUAUGUUUUGUGUCAUUUAUUUUUUAAAGCAGCUUACUUUACAAUGGAAUUAAGAAUAAGGCUGAUUAUGUAAAUAUUUUGAGUCUCAUUACUUUUAAGACUAUUUUUUUAAAGUAUUAAGUUUACACUAAGUUUUUAGAAUGUAAGUUGUCAAUGUUAGAUAUAAUAAAAAUGUAUUUUUCAUUUUUA